AUGUACAGACACGGGUUAGUAGUUUACUCAAAUUUCCUGACCAGAAAAAACUACCCACCCCGCCCCUUUUUCUCUCUCUGUCUCUGACUGCGCAAACCCAAUCCUAAGCCCUGACGAACCCAGCCACCAUCCCAUCGCCGAACUCUUCUCCUCCGGUAGAGGGUCUUGUUGCCGCCGGCGGGGUCGCCCGUGGAAGGCUGCUUGCUUCUCCUCGAUCCUCACUUCCUCGACGUCACACGAAGGCCUGCUUGGAGCUGUUGGCGUCGCCGGCGAAGGGGUACUCCGUCUUCGUCUCUGCUCGCUUCGCCGUUCUCCACCGCGAGUGACGUCGCUGCUUGCUUCUUCGAGGGACGUCGCCGUUCUGCUCGCCUCUCUGCUACGAACCUUGCAAAAAAUCAAACUUAUCGUUAGCUGCAAGCGGAGAGAAAAACCUCAGGUCUCCCCCAAAAGAGGGUUUUGCUGCACACAAUUCUCUUCGCUUCCACUCCGAUUAUCAAUUCUGAUGGCUAUCUCCGCCCCUCUCCUUUCUUUCUCUUCUUCUUCUUCCUUCUCUGCGUCCCUCUUUCCUUGUUCCAAGCCUUCUUCUUAUUCCAUUUCCAAGCUUCUUUCUAAGUCAUCCUCCUAUGCCAUUCGCUCUUCUUAUUCCGAAGUGGGCUCUUCCCCUGAAUCCUUCAAUUUCAGGAAGCCUGAAAUUCCAUCCAUGUCUCCGUUUGCGCUGUCAAUGAAUGAAUCCAGCAACCAACCCAUCAAGUGGCAAAGGGUAUUGCUCAAAGUCAGUGGAGAAGCUCUUGCCGGAGAUCACUCCCAGAAUAUUGACCCCAAGAUAACUAUGGCUAUUGCAAGGGAGGUAGCAGCUGUGACUCGUCUUGGCAUUGAGGUUGCAAUAGUAGUUGGCGGGGGUAACAUCUUCCGUGGAUCAUCUUGGGCUGGAUGCAGUGGCCUAGACCGGUCAUCUGCUGAUUAUAUUGGAAUGUUGGCAACUGUCAUGAAUGCUAUAUUUCUUCAAGCCACAAUGGAAAGUAUUGGCAUUCCUACUCGAGUGCAGACAGCAUUUCGCAUGUCUGAGGUUGCAGAACCAUAUAUACGAAGAAGGGCUGUGAGGCAUUUGGAAAAAGGAAGGGUUGUCAUUUUUGCUGCUGGAACUGGAAAUCCAUUCUUUACCACAGACACUGCUGCUGCACUCAGAUGUGCAGAAAUUAAUGCAGAGGUUGUACUCAAAGCAACAAAUGUCGAUGGAGUGUAUGAUGAUGACCCAAGGCGUAACCCACAAGCACGCCUUCUUGACACACUUACUUAUCAAGAGGUUACUUCCAAAGAUCUCUCAGUCAUGGACAUGACUGCCAUAACGCUGUGCCAGGAAAACAAUAUUCCUGUUGUUGUAUUCAAUCUAAACAAACCAGGUAACAUUGAGAAAGCCAUCAAAGGUGAGAGGGUUGGCACUCUGAUUGGGCCAACAUGGAAUUCUACCAUUCCGAGAACGUGAAAAUAUUUGAGGUCCAGUUAGCAAGUGAUUCUUUCGUGCUUUUCCUACACAAGUGUCCAGCUGAGGAUGGCGGAUUGCGAGGUUAAUUACUUUGCAACAGAUAUUUUGAUGUACUAUUAUGGUUGCUGGUUAUAAAUCUGUAAAUAUGACUAGGUAUGUUACAGCUUGGUUUACCACUACGUGGCUUGGCUGAAUUUCGCGGUUUUAGAAAUCAUAUUUUAUGUUCUGAACCA